UCGAGUCCUGCAGCCUCGGGAGUAGGUGCCGCGCUCUCGAGAGCCCCCGCAGCACUCAGGCCGCGCACGCUCCCCUCCCCGCGGCAGGCCCAGGGCCGCCACCCGCCAAGGACUGGGCAGGAGCGCGCACCGCGGAUCCGGGCCGGGGUGGGACGGCGCCUUUUGUCCCCGGAGACUCUUGGAAGUUUGCGGCGGGACUCGCGCGGGGCGGCGGAGGCACCCCCGACGUAGCAGGAGUGAGUGAGCGAAGCCAGCAUGGGCAGCGGGCUCGGCGCUGGGGGCCAACGCGGGGCCGCCGGGGGCGUGCUGCUGGCGCUGGCCGCCGGGCUGCUGGCUGCGGGUUCGGCCAGCGAGUACGACUACGUGAGCUUCCAGUCGGACAUCGGCUCGUACCAGAGCGGGCGCUUCUACACCAAGCCGCCGCAGUGCGUGGACAUCCCGGCGGACCUGCGGCUGUGCCACAACGUGGGUUACAAGAAGAUGGUGUUGCCCAAUCUUCUGGAGCACGAGACCAUGGCCGAGGUGAAGCAGCAAGCCAGCAGCUGGGUGCCCCUGCUCAACAAGAACUGCCACAUUGGCACCCAGGUCUUCCUCUGCUCACUCUUCGCACCCGUGUGCCUGGAUCGGCCCAUCUACCCCUGCCGCUGGCUGUGCGAGGCCGUGCGCGACUCGUGCGAGCCAGUCAUGCAGUUCUUCGGCUUCUACUGGCCCGAGAUGCUCAAGUGUGACAAGUUCCCCGAGGGGGACGUCUGCAUCGCCAUGACCCCUCCCAAUGCCACCGAAGCCUCCAAACCCCAAGGCACAACUGUGUGUCCUCCGUGUGACAAUGAGUUGAAGUCUGAAGCCAUAAUCGAGCAUCUCUGUGCGAGCGAGUUUGCACUGAGGAUGAAAAUAAAAGAAGUGAAAAAAGAAAAUGGUGACAAAAAGAUCGUCCCCAAGAAGAAGAAGCCCCUGAAGCUGGGGCCCAUCAAGAAGAAGGAGCUGAAGAAGCUCGUCCUGUACCUGAAGAACGGGGCCGACUGCCCCUGCCACCAGCUGGACAACCUCAGCCACCACUUCCUCAUCAUGGGCCGCAAGGUGAAGAGCCAGUACCUGCUGACGGCCAUCCACAAGUGGGACAAGAAAAACAAGGAAUUCAAAAACUUCAUGAAGAAGAUGAAAAACCACGAGUGUCCCACCUUUCAGUCGGUCUUCAAGUGACUCUCACGGGGUGGCUUGGGGAGGGAGCCGGGGGUUGGGGACAGGGGCGGGGGCUGAGCAGACAACCCUGGGACUCACUGCUUUUUCUGUGGGUGGAGGACGCUGUAACCCCGGCUGGCUUUCCUCUCGCAGCACCCCUACUCUGCCCCUCCGCAGCCACGCUCCAGACCCCAGUGUAGCCAGUGUUUAAAGCCGCACACCCAGGUAAGGAAAACCAGUUAGAUUAGGAAGCCUUGUAAGAGCCACAGUCUGGACCAGCAUGUCACUGAGUACGAGGAGGUGCAACACCAUUUCCACCAGAGACACACUCACUAAAGAAAAACUUGCCACUGAAAAAGGUGAUUGGGCAAAAAUGUAAAAGACCACAGCAAGAAAGUAAGAGAGAGCAGCAAAAAAUGAUCCCUGCAACUUUCUUUGUGUCAUUACAAAUUGCUAUGGGUCUUUCAGCUAAUUGUUCCUUUAGUACUAGACACUUGAAACUGUUGGUAAGAGAUAUACAUUGCUUUUGGUUCCAGAGCAAUUUCCUUUUCUGUCUGCUUUAGACAGAAACAGACACCCACCACACUUACAACUUAAGACCAGUCCCGGAGAGGAAUAGGUACAGGGAAGAAAAGCGCAAGCACAGUAUGUGAUAGUGACAGCAAGGGGAGCCAGGCCUGCCCCGCCUUCCCAUGCAGCUGUCUUUUGCUGUGAAUCACAGUCUCAGAUGCCACGUGAGUGGCAGCUGACAUCAGCCUUGGGGCAUGAUCUGACCGCCACACACGUGUGGGGCACAUGCCUGCCUUCGUGUGAGGGAAAGGAAACCCGGUGGGCACUGGACCCAUGGCAUGAGAGAGAUGAUGAUUUUCAAGCCCAGGAGGUGAUGGUUAGUGGUUUUCCAAAAAACGUAGUUUAAGAAGAGAAAAAGCAAAAAUUUAGAAGAGUCUGGCAAAUUGCUAGUCAGGGUGAACGGUAAUUGGGUGGAGAGCUUAGCAGCAUUCUAAUUUCAUCUGUUCAUUCCAUUUCACGUGUCUUUAAAGAGCAACAACCAAAAAGCACAGUUGCUUUUCAAGGGUUUUGUCAAAAGUCUGCACUGAGCCUGUGAAAGGUGUACUGAGACCAGGGUCUCUUGGAGCAUCUGAGGCCACUUUCCAGCAGUGCAGCGCUGGCACCAGGCUCUGUGGGAAGGAGGUGGGUCCAGCCGGGAGCUUAGCUGUGUGGCUGUCCUCCCUGAGGGGUCCCGGGCUGCUCUGGCCUGAACACCGUGCUCAUCGGGACUCUCACCUUUUCCCAUCCUUUUCUUUCCUGUGGGGAAAUGGAUUCCUCUAACUUGAUUGCCAACAGGUCAGAGAAAUUCAGGACAGCCAGCCUGCCUGUCCUGCAUUUAAAAAAAAUUACCUUUAUUUCCGCAGAGGGAAAGUUAAGCCACAAGUGUCUCCUCGUCCAAGGAGAGAGUUUCCAAGGCAGCACAUCUCUGCAGUUUUCCUGAGUGCCCUGAGAUGUGUCUCAAAGCCCUGUGUUUAUUAAAUGUGUACAUAAACCCGUUCACUUACACGACUUCAUUCCUCUUGUUGAGUGUAUGGGAGAUAAUUUGAAACAAUCAAUGCUAAUUUCUUCCCCAAGCCUGAUUCUUAAUCCUCUUUAGCGCCUUGAGGACUUGAGUGAUUGUCCCUCUGGGCUAAUGGCUGUACUCAAUGCGGAUGCUGCAGAGAGGCCAGGAGGCGUUACUGCGUGGCUGUGGCUCUGGCCCUGGCCCUGGCCCGACACGGAAACGGUGGAAGAUGCUGUUAACUUCUGAAGACUCUGGUCUGAAACUCAGCCUGCCAACUUCGUUACCUACCUGAGGGUUAUCCUGAUGUAAUUAACCUCUCAUAAGUAGUGAUCCUGUUAUUUUAACACCUUUGUUUGUUCUCUCUGACCUUUAAUCAUAAAGUGUUGGGGACCUUAAGUGACUUGCCUGUAAUUUUGGAUGGUUUAAAGAAAUGUGUAUAUAUAUUAGUUAAUUAGAAAUAUUCUGCUUUCCUAUUGUCAACUGAAAUUCAGAGCAAUUUCAUGAGUGCAUGGAUCUGGGUCUCAGUUUUGGUUGAUUAACUCGAGUUCGCUGAUUGUAUGUAUCUGACGUAUCUGCUCGCUGUGACAGAGAGAAUGCAUCACGCACGGGACCCUCAUUCCGAGGUGGGGGCCGUGGGGGAGGAGCAUGUGUGGGGAAUUAGCAGUCCCCGCAGAAAGGUGAUGGGGGAGUGAUAGGUGGCCGUGCUGUGCGCCUCUCUACGUGGGGAUUCCUUGGUAGAAGGGGACAUGUUCAGAAAAAGUUCAGAGUGAAUGGGGGCUGUGGAUUGCAGCUCCAGGUUUUCCCCCAGCCACAGAGUCCUAGGACUGGGAGCUUCUGGGGUCCGAGAUGCCCGCCCGCAGCUCUCUCUCUCCCCCCACAACACCUGGACAGUUUCAGGGCGCAGAGGGAGGUGGUGGGCCCAAAGCUGCAUUUUUAUCUCAAGACUUCAUUUUGCCCCCCAAAAGGAUAUAACAAAACCAAUGUGCAGACUCAUUGGCUUGGUCAUUGGUUUCCAAAAGAGGAGGGGAGGGGGUGUGUGUGGUUUGGUAAUUAUUGCUAGUGCAAAGGUCAUAUUUGUAACAGUUUAAAAUGAUCAUUCUGGGUUGAACCCUGUGAGGUCAUUGGCAGAACUCAGCUCAAGCCUUAAAAAAAAUAGUUAUCUUAGAAGAUAGAAAGGGGACUGAGAAUUCCCAGGACAUCUUACUUUUAGAAUACCCCGUAUAACACUUGGCUCUUGGUGCCGCUGAAUUAGCACCGAGGCAGAAUCCAAUCAGAGCUCUAGUUUUCAUUUGCGUCUGUAAGUUCAGAAACACCUUUUCCCAAACCCAGAGUCUGUGUUUCUCAUCAGACCCCAGGUGCCAGUUGCCGAAGUGUAGCUGUCGCGUGGGCUCCGACGAUCUGGCUUGGAAGCGCACCCUGGGAAACCCCCUGGGAAUGACGUGCCGGCCGCUCCGACCUGUCACCAGCAGAUACACAGGACACAGACAGAAUUCUUGUUUUCUCUAGUUCCUUCCUAUAGCAUUCCUCUGUUAGAGUCUAAAUCUUUUACAAAAGCUUUGAAUACUGUGAAAAUGAUUUUACAUUCCAUUUCAUUUGUGUUGUUUUUUUUUAAACUACAUUUUACCAGAGGUUUUGAUGUUAUCGCCUAUGUUAAUAGUAAAUCCCGUAUGUGUUCAUUUUAUUUUCAUGCUUUUCCUGCCAUGUAUCCAUAUUCACUUGACUAAAAUCACUCAAUUAAUCAA